AUGCGACCGUACUCGAGUUACAACAAGGGUCGUCACUACAUACUCACCGUCAUCGAUGUGUUGAGCAAGUACGCGUGGACCGUGCCGCUCAAGAGCAAGGGCGGAAGCGAGACCGUUAACGCUAUCGCUGAAAUAAUUCGAGAGAACGGAAAUAUUACACAAAUGCGGAACAUCCGGAAAGAUGGUCUAAUAUAUCACGUGAAGACAAAGCAUAACAAUGAUGAACGUUUCAAGUCUAAUAAGGAUCUAUAUACUGGAGGUGUAUCAUACAAAUGCGGAACGUGUAAUAAAGCUAUCGCCGAAAGACUCUUGGACACGGUGUACAGCGCGAUAAAGAUCGCUGGUCCCGCAAAAUUUAAAGUAGGCGACGCGGUACGCGUGAGCAAGUACAAGACGAUCUUUGAGAAGGGUUACACGCCAAAUUGGACCACGGAGGUGUUUCAAAUCGUCAAAAUACAGAAAACUAAUCCCGUGACAUAUCUUCUGGAAGAUUACCGCGGAAAACCGGUCGCUGGAGGAUUCUACGAGCACGAGUUGCGUCGCGUCGCUAAUCCCGACGUGUAUCUCGUGGAGAAAGUACUGCGUAAGAAAGGAGACAAGGUGUACGUCAAGUGGCUGGGAUUCGAUGGAUCGCACAAUUCAUGGAUAAAUAAAAACGAUGUCGUUUAA